AUGAAAGACACACAAGACAUUCAGGAAGCUUCAAAGGCCCUGCAAAGUGAAGUCCACAAACAGGAAGAUGAAGUGGAGAAACAAGAGCAAAGUGGAGACAAAUCUGGAGUUUCCCUAGUGAUACAACGAUCUUCAGUACAUUUUUUCCCACAGACAAGUUCAGACUCUACAGCUCUGACAUUUUCACAGUUAUCAUCAGAUGAAAGGCCUCUCAGUUACUAUCCAUCUCAGCUUAGUGGAGGAACAGUAUCAACAACUGGACCAUUGACUUCUAAAGGUACCACACAUAUUUAUUAUUCCGUUCUUAGAGUGAGCCAAAGACACUCCUAUCUGAAGGCACCUUAUAAUCUUUGUGUCUUGUUUUCCAGUUCUCUUGGAGACAUUAAAAUAGCUGACGUGAAUAUCAAGGGUUUGUUUGUGAAGCUCGUAAACUCUUCCCUUGACAAAGAACUCGCCAUUGGAGAUCAUAUUCUCCAGCAAAAUGUGAAUGGACAGAGAGUUUCUUUGUACCGAUUCCUUCCAAACAUCGUAAUGCAGGCCAACUCCUCAGUAACAGUGUGGGCAGCAGCCUCUGAAGCAAAGCACCAGCCACCAUCAAAUUUUCUAUGGAAGGAACAAAACAAGUUUAUAACAAGUCCAGAUUGUACAACAAUCCUGUGCAAACCUAACGGUCAAGCUGUUGCCUGGUACACUCUUAUUCACUGGAAGCAAGCAUGGGAGAAAUUAGAGACUGACAUUGAAUUUGACAGAUCUUCAAUAGUAACUCCAAAAUUCCGAAGGCACAUGUUUCGGUGGGCAGCAUCUACGACUACAGUAACUACAGAAACAGAAGAUCAACCUAAGAAAGGUACCUCAAAAUAUCAGCUGGAACAAGAUCAAGUUUUUCUUGAGAGAGAAAAGGAAAUUCCACCAACCCUUUCCCCCAAUUGCAGCCCUUGGUGUCAGAGUCCCUUCGUCCCUACACAUCCCCACAGCCCUCUGAUUGAACCGUACGAUACAGGCACAGCUGGAAGCAGGUUGAGUAGACAGCCCCGGUCUCAGUCAACCAGACCUGAUCGAGCCCCAGGGACCAAGAAAAAGAAGACAUCUAAGUUACAAAACCAAUAUGCAGUCAACUCAACUUCUAAAGAGCAAAAAAAACCCAGAUUAAACCUGCCAGCCCUGGGCUGGCCAAAACCGAUCCUUCUGAAAGGCAGUUGGCGUCCCGGAGCACCGCCGCGCGGCUGUAGAUUUAAAAGGUUUCCGAGUUCCAGCGACUCAGGACGCCACCACCGCCACCCGAGGUCCCCACCCGCAGCCCAGCGUGCCCGCGGAGGAGGAGGAGCGACGGGGCGCGAACACAGGCUGAGGUCACCGCCCGGUUGUGCAAUCGGAUAUGCAAAUAAGCCGGGUUAUGCCGGCCAAUCGGAAGCCGGAUGUGUCGUGACGCGCGCGCCGAGCGCCCGUAGUAUUUAUAGAUCGUAUUUAAAGAGCCCUUGGGAGUCUCCCCGGGCUCGGCUGGGCGGCGGUGGCUGCGGUGCUGCGGGGCUGCAGUUAGCGCAGCGCACGUGA